AUGGAUCCCGACGAGUCGAUCUAUCCUAUUGCUUUUGCUGUUGUUGAUUCAGAGAAUAAUGAGUCUUGGGAAUGGUUUAUGAGAAAGUUAGUCGGAGUACUUGGCGAUAAGUAUGCUAUGAAUGAAGAUGUUGUUGUGGUAACAGACAGGCACCCAUCGAUCGGUAGAGCCAUAAGGUUGGCAUUUCCUUGCGCUAAUCAAGUAUACUGCAUCCACCAUCUUUCAGAAAAUAUCAAACAGACCUACCACAACGCCACGGCUUCGGUGGCAUUUACAAGAGCUGGAAAAGCGUUUAGCAAUGAUGAGUAUGAACUUGCUAUGAGAGACUUAGGUUUAGUGAGCCCCGCUGCUUUAAAAUCUGUAGUGGAUCUUGGACCGGAAAUGUGGGCCAGGGUGAAGGCUCGAACAGGUCGUUCUACUCUCAUGACUACAAACGCCUGUGAAACUUUCAAUUCAACAAUAGCUGAUGUUAAAAGUCUUCCAAUCUGUCAUUUAGUCGAUUACAUUCGCAGGUUCCUUAUGGAAUGGUUCUGCGAACGUAGACAACUAGCUCGUGAUCGGCAAGAUCCUUUGAGUCAACAUGCACGGGAUAUAAUCAAAGAACGGUGGGCUGUGGCAAAAAGGUUUGUGGCUUGCCAUGUCGAUGGGGACGAAUAUGAAGUGGACGAGGGUGACUAUGAAGAGAAGCACACUGUCUAUCUUGACCGAAGGUCUUGCACGUGCAAAGUGUUUAACUAUCAGCAUCUUCCGUGUCCCCACGUACUUGCAGUGUGUGAGACAUAUAAGAUAAAAGAAGAAGGCCUUUGUGGGGAAUAUUAUAAAACAUCGGUUUGGAGAUCUAUGUAUGAACCUAAAAUCUAUGGUGUGCUGAGCCCAGAAACUUGGGAUGUCCCAGCGGAGGUGGCAGAACGGGUGGUGCUUCCUACAAAAACUACACCGGAAGUUGGUCGUCGGAGCAUCAAGAGGAAAAGGUCCGCCAUUGAAAAACCUAGAAAGAAAAGAGCUUGUUCAAGGUGUCACCAGACAGGGCAUUAUGCUAACAGCAAACGUCGUCCCAAGGCUUAG